AUGCCUUCCACAAAGGUCAUCACGGCCUUCUUGGCUGCCCUGGCUGUUCCCAUGGCCAAUGCCGGCAACUGCAAGCCCAGGCCCGUCACUACCACCGACGUAGCUCUGCCUGGCGUCACAACCUCUGGCACAGUUACUGCUAUUACAUCCGGAACCGAGACUGGUACUCCUACUACAGAGACUUCUGCCACCACCACCACCGAGGCUGCUUGCUCCAAGUACACUCCUUACGAGGUUCAGCCUGUCGACUGUGGCAAGAAGGGCAUUGCUCCCAACUGUGCUGACAAGAUCAUUGGAACUCCCUCGACUUGUGUAGACUGGUCUGAGUGUGGCAACACCUGCGGCAAGACUCUCGGUUGCAAGUCUUUCUCUGUCAAGGGACGUACUUGCACCCUCUACAAGACAGUCGUCGAGGAGCUCGGCUGGACUGCCAGUGAGGGUUCUGACGCUAGCGAGUUCUACGAUCUUGAGCUUUGCUUCACAUGUGCUGAGGAGUCCAGCGCUACCUCUGGUACUGAGACUGCCACCGGUGCUCAGACUACCGAGACUGCUGCUGGCACCGAGACCACCGAGACUGCCACCGGUGCUGAGACUACCGAGACUGCCACCGGUGCUCAGACCACCGAGACUGCUGCUGGUACUGAGACUACUGAGGCUGUCAUCACUACUACUGAGGCUGCCUCCACCACUGCUGCUGGCUGUACUGCUGCUUACACCACCAUCGACAGCGCUCCUAUUGAGUCUUGCGCCGUCCAGGGCCGAUCUCAGGAUGGCUCCCCCAUUGCCAGAUACCGAAUGGUUGAGAGCGCCGACGAAUGUGCUAUCAAGUGCGCUGACUAUGUCAGUGAGGAAAACGCUGAGGAGGUCUGCAGCACCUUCUCUUACCAGGAUGAUUCUUGGUAUUGCGAACUUUACGCCGCUUCGGUGAACGACCUGAACAUCGAUGAUUCUGAGUGCGAAGUGGGCACCCUUUGCCAGGCAGAUUCCUCCUUCUAUGACCUCCACGCCUGCUAUGCUAAGUGCGAUGGAUACACUGCCCCUACCACCACUGCAGCUGUCACUACCGAUGCUACUACUACUGAGGCGGGCACCACUGAGGCUGCUGUCACCACCGAUGCCGCUGUCACCACCGAUGCCGCUGUCACCACCGAUGCCGCUACCACCGAUGCCGCUGCUACCACCGAUGCUGCUACUACUGAGGCUGCUGUCACCACCGAUGCCGCUACCACCGAUGCCGCUGUCACUACCGAUGCUGCUACUACUGAGGCGGGCACCACUGAGGCUGCUGUCACCACCGAUGCCGCUGUCACUACCGAUGCUGCUACCACCGAUGCUGCUACCACUGAUGCUGCUACUACUGAGGCUGCUGUCACCACCGAUGCCGCUGUCACCACCGAUGCCGCUACCACCGAUGUCGCUGUCACUACCGAUGCUGCUACCACCGAGGCCGCCACCACUACUGAGGCCGCCCCUGUUUGCACAAACUACAUCCCCAAGCCUGACCGUCCCAGCACUUGCGGCCAGCAAGGCAAGGUCAGCUGCCGUUCUUCUCAGAAGCUCGGCCAGCCCGUCUGGGCCGCCAGUGCCGACAAGUGUGGCAAGAUCUGCGGAACCACUGAGGGCUGCAAGACCUUCUCCUUCAAGUACAACGGCUCUCAGUGCCAGCUUUACAGCUCUGCUCUUGACCAGCUCACCUUCACUCCUUGCAACACUGGCGUCAAGUUCUACGACCUUGAGAAGUGCUACACUUGCCAGAACGAGGAGACUCCUGCUCCUCCUGCCACCUGCUCCAAGUAUGUUGCCGACUUUGGCAGCUGCGGCAGCAACACCCACUGUGGUACUCGAGGCUCCAUCUGUGAGGAGGUGCUCAUCCCCAACGUUGGCGAUGCCUCAUGCCUUGAGAACUGUGCUAAGAGCUGCAUCAACUUCGGCGCUGAGUGCGUGUAUUUCAGCUACAAGCCUGCUACCCCCUGGGGUAAUGCCAAGUGCAAGCUGUACAAGUCUGGCAAGAUUACCAAGAACAAGAACUCCAUCAUCAAGUUCUACCAGCAGCCUUGCUUCAAGUGCCAGAACCCUCCUGUCUUGUAA